AGUAACAAUUGAUUUCUUACUUUUCAUGAAAAUUAUAAAACGAAUUACCUAAUCCAAAUGGGAAUAUCCAAAUGGCACUGCAGGAUUUAAGAAUUUCGGUCAAACAGAGAAAAAGCUAUACGAAGUGCAGAAUCUGUUUUGAGAACGAUUACGUUGAGUUUGUUAUAGUAUCGAAGUUGGUAUUAAAUUUUCACAGUAUUUCUGUUGAAAUGAAUCCAACAGGCGCAAUAAAUAAUGGAAUCGACUUCGAUGUCUGUGUAAAGUUAUGGUCCAAUUUUAAAGAUACAACAGUAAAUAUGGGCGGUGUUGAAGAAAGUGUUGUUAAACUGCUUGCAAGAAGGGGCUUGAGCACUGAUUGUCAAAUAGUUUCACUAUUAAGAGCAGUCACUUGUCUUGAUUUGACAUCUUUAAGUGGUGAUGAUACUAAAGAAAGUGUUUACCAGUUAUGUACCAGAGCGCUAAAUCCUAUUAAUAAAGAUUUGCUGAUAAACUUAGGAAUGGGAACAGAAAAACUUACUGUUGGUUCUGUUUGUGUGUACCCUUCUCGAGUUGCAGAAUGUGCACAAGCCUUGGCAUCACUAGGACAUAAAUUACCUAUUGCUGCUGUUUCUGGCUGUUUUCCAAGUGGUCAAGGUCAUAUGUCUGUAAAAUGUGAGGAAAUCAAAAGUAGCAUAGCUGAAGGUGCUACAGAAAUUGAUGCUGUGAUAUGCCGUAAUUCAGUCCUUCAUGGAGAAUGGGAAGAACUUUAUGCAGAGAUAUGCAAAAUGAAAAAAGCAUGUGGGAUACUGCAAAUACUUGCAUUUUUAGGAGCUGAUUUUAUAAAGACAUCUACGGGCAAAGAAACAGUGAAUGCUACAUUACCUGUUGGGACUGUCAUGGCAAGAGCUAUUCAUGAUUAUUUUGAUGAAACUGGAUGUCAGAUUGGUUUUAAACCGGCUGGAGGAAUUAGGACAGCAAAAGAUGUUUAUUCAUGGCAAGCACUUAUGGAAUAUGAACUGAAUGAUGAAUGGCUUACUUCCUCUUUAUUUCGUAUUGGUGCAAGUGGUUUGUUAGAUGACAUAGAAGAAAAUCUGUUUCGGCUUGCCACUAAAACCUGUGUGAAGAAUCCUUUAGUUUCUUAUGUACAUUGUCCAGAAAUAUAUGGGUAAUUUUGUGAGAUAUAUGUAGAUGUUUUGAAGAAUUAAAAAAGAAUGUGACAAUUGCUAUUCUAUUUGAAAUAUUUAUGAUACUUACUUGAGGUAAAAUGGUAAUAAAUUGAAUGUAGUGUCUUUAACUGUACUUCACAGAAAUCCAUCUGUUUAACUGUUUUUUGUUGCACAGCAUGAAGGAGGACUUCAAAUGCUAACAAAUUCUCUCCUUUCUUGUUAUCUGCUGUAUUUUGAUUUGUAAAUAAUAUUUCUUUACAUAAUAAAUUAUGUAUCUAAAAUGUUA